GCGGCCCCGGGCCCCUUUGUUCGGCGGGAGGCGGCGGCCGCGCCGCUCCGCCGCUUUGUCCGCCGCUGUCGGCGGGAGCCGCUCGUCCCGGCGCGCCCAGGGUUUAAGCCAACUGCCUGGCCAGGAUGAGCUGGAGUUUCUUGACACGGCUCCUGGAGGAGAUCAACAACCACUCGACCUUUGUGGGCAAGAUCUGGCUGACGGUCCUCAUCGUCUUCCGCAUCGUGCUGACAGCCGUGGGGGGCGAGUCCAUCUACUACGACGAGCAGAGCAAGUUCGUCUGCAAUACACAGCAGCCCGGCUGCGAGAACGUCUGCUACGACGCCUUUGCCCCUCUCUCCCACGUCCGCUUCUGGAUCUUCCAGAUCAUCAUGGUGGCCACGCCAUCGGUCCUCUACCUGGGCUUUGCCAUGCACCGCAUCGCCCGCAUGCCUGAGUCCUCGCGGCGCCGAGCGCCGGCAGCCCGGCGGGCACGCAUGCCCGUGGUGCGCCGGGGAGCUGGGCGCGACUACGAGGAGGCAGAGGAUGACAACGAAGAAGACCCCAUGAUCUUUGAAGAGAUUGAGGUGGAGAAAGAGAAGAGCCCAGAGGGCGGCGAGAAGCACGACGGCCGGCGCCGCAUCAAGCAGGAUGGGCUGAUGCGGGCCUACGUCCUGCACUUGCUGUGCCGCUCGCUGCUGGAGGCGGCGUUUCUCUUCGGGCAGUACCUGCUGUACCGCUUCGAGGUGAGGCCCUCCUACAUCUGCAGCCGCAGCCCCUGCCCACACACCGUCGACUGCUUUGUCUCCCGUCCCACCGAGAAGACCAUCUUCCUCCUCGUCAUGUAUGCCGUCAGCGGGCUCUGCCUCUUCCUCAACCUCUGCGAGCUCGUGCACCUCGGUGUGGGGCGCAUCCGGGACGCCCUCAGCCAGCCCGACGGCCCCCCGCUCCCGGCAGCCAGCAGCCCUGCACCACAGUACCCCAAGAAGGCCCCCGGCGCGCCCCCCACCUACCACUCGUUGAAGAAGGAACCGCCACAAGCCCCGCUGCCCGAUGGCAAGCUGGACUACCGGGAGAGCCUGGCUCAGGUGGCAGCAGCGGGACGCUUUGCCCUGGCCGGGGCCCCCCCGGCACACGAGCUGGAUCGGCUGCGCGAGCACCUGCGCCUGGCCCAGGAGCACCUGGAGGUGGCCUUCCACCUGCAGCCCCCGCCGCAGCUGCCCAGCCCUGCCCGCAGCAGCAGCCCCGAGGCCAACGGCAUGGCCGCCGAGCAGAACCGCCUCAACCUCGCCCACGAGAAGGGCACCGCGGCCUGCGAGAGAACCACGGGGCUGUGAGCGCGCCAGGGAGCAGCGGCUGCCACCGCCGUCGCCACAAGACGGGCAGCCUGCCAAGAGCACGGGCAGCAGGUGCCGCACGCCUGCCCGCCGGGCAGCCCUAUCCCAGUGGGCAGCACGAGGAUGGGGGCCAUGGGAGACUUUCCUACUUAAUUUUCAAAAAGGGAAUAUCUUAUUUUUGUACAUUUUUAUAAACUCGUCAGCGUGUGCACCCUGGCAUUUUUAUACUCUGCUCCCCAUCUCUGCUCUGGGCCCGUGCCCCCUCUGUCUCCUGUUUCACGCCCUUGCCCUUCCCCAACACCCAUUUCCCACAGCGUCUCUUCCUCACGCCUCCCCCUGCCCUCCUGUGCCAGCUGCCACCCGGCAAUGCCAGUGUUGCCCCCGUGACAUGGGGCGUUAGGGGAGCUGAGCAUGGGAGUCUAGCUAGCAUGGAGCAGGGCUCUGGGCUGGCAUUGCUGGCAUGGUUGGGGUGGAAGGGGUCCCGGCCACACUUCUGUGAAAAAGGGCCAGUGUGGCUGGGGAGGGGGAAAUGUGCUGCGUGGCAUCCUGGCACAGCUGCGAGCAGCACAGGGGAGCUGGCCUGCUUGGAAAUGUGUGUGCAGAGGGCAGGGGCUGUCCUUCCCGCCACCUCCGCCCUGCUCCUGGCCGGCCGCCCUUGGACCAAAGCCCAUCCCCUCCCACUCUGGCCGUGGGGCCGGGACCCCCUGCACGGGGCCACACUCUUGUCCUACGGGGGAGGGACACAGUGUCCUGAGUCAGGUUUGGCAAGGAGCCCGUGGGGCAUUUCUCAUCAUCUCAGCCUGGGUCACACAGGGAUUUUUGUAGUGUUGUUUUUUACUCAGAAAUGAUUGUCACUGUUUUUUCUUCUUUUUUUUUUAUAUCUAUAUUAGUAAAGGCUGGAGACGUUUU